AAUCUUUAUCCUCGUUAUCUCCUCAAUACACAUUCCUCCAAACUCUUAACACGUCCGGAAAUCUAAUCUUUAUUGGUGAUGUCCAUGGUGCGCUCUCCGAACUUAAAUCAUUAUUAACACUAAUAAAGUAUGAUCCCUCCAAAGAUCAUCUAGUUUUCUUGGGAGAUUUAGUAGCCAAGGGUCCAGACUCAUUAGAAGUCAUAAAAUUCGUGAAAAAGAUAAAUGAAAAAGGAAAAGUCAGUUGUGUCCGUGGAAAUCAUGACGAUAAAUUAUUGAGAUGGAAAUUUUUUAUGGAGGUGCUUGAUGCAAAAGAAGUUCAGUUAGAUGAUUAUGUGAGCAAUUACGAAUUGCCAAAAUAUUUGAGUCUGGAGAAUGAACACAUGAUGUUGGCUAGAAAUAUGGAUGAAGAAUUGUAUGAAUUUUUAUCAUUGUGUCCAAUUGUAAUAGAGAUUCCCGAACAAAAUUUAUACGCAGUUCAUGCUGGCCUCUUACCUAACGUACCACUUGAAGAACAAGAUCCAAUUGAUAUCAUGACCAUGAGAAAUAUAAAAUCAGAUGGUCGCCCAACGAAAAGUAAAAAAAAUGGAAAGCCGUGGUCCAAUUUUUGGAAUCACUUUCAAGAUACUUCAUCUACACCAAAACAUGUUGUGUAUGGGCAUGAUUCAG